AUGGAGAUAUCUGCUAUGGAAUUACAAUUCUUGGUAAUAGAGUUUUCAUUUUCUUUUUCUCUUCCAUUUCAACCAAUAACGUUUUAUCACCAACACAGUUUCCCCAGUAAACCACAUAUUCAAUCUUAUACAAAAAAAGAAAAAAUGAUAUCUCUAAUUAAUUUCGUUUCACUAGUAUUUUUAAUGUUAAUAGGAAUAAUUAUAUUCAAAAUUGUUUUACCUCCAUUGAAUUUUCCAAGAAAUAUUCCAACAAUCCCAUUUUAUGUGAUUUUCCUACCAAGUAUAACUAAGAUGGAUCAACUCCAACUAUAUGAAUUAUACCUAAAGGAACCGUUGGAAAAAUAUGGUGCAGUAAAAUUAUUUUUUGGUGCUAGAUGGAAUAUAUUAAUUGGUAGACCUGAAUAUCUAUCAGAAAUAUUCAAAAAAGAGGAUAUCUUUGCUAAGAGUGGAAACCAAAAGAAAAUCCCUUAUAGUGCGAUUGCUGCAUAUACAGGGGAUAAUAUUAUUAGUGCACAUGGGGAAGUUUGGAAAAAAUAUAGAAGUAUUAUGACAACAGGUUUGCAGCAGUUUGAUGAUAGCUCAUUUGAGGAAAAUGCAAAACUAUUUGUUAAACUUAUAAGAACGAAACUAUCUGAUACCGAUGAAAAAGUCCUGGAGCAAAAUGGUGUACCUGUGAUUCCCUUAAUUCAACGUUUAGCUCUGGAUAACAUAUCACAAACUUUAUUAGGGUUUAAUUUUGGAACAUUAUCUAACGAUAGCGUACCAUUACAUGAACAUCUAAUUCGUAUUAAGAGACAAAUAUUUCAACCAUUAUUUUUAACAUUUCCAUUUCUUGAUUUAUUGAAAUUGCCUCAAAGAAAAAAGGCCUUUUCUGAUAUCGAAGAAUUUAGAAAUAUCUUGGUUGAUAGAGUUCAAACGCAAUUGAUUGAAAAUUACAAAUUUGAACAAACAAAAUAUGUUUCUAGUGAUUUGAUAAGAGCAUACACUAACAAAACUAUUGAUUAUAAGCAACUAACAGAUAACAUUGUAAUAAUGUUAGUUGCUGGUCAUGAGAAUCCACAAUUGUUACUGACAUCUUUAUUAUAUUUCCUAGCAAAGCAUAAAGAUACUUGGCAGAAUUUAAUAUGGAAUGAAGUGAAAGAUGUCACAGAUAUGAAAUUUCUUCCAAAUUUACCUCAACUUAAUUCAUUUAUAUUGGAAACUGCUAGAAUAUAUCCUCCUCUUAACAUAAUCAUUAAUAGAUGUACCUCCAAAAAAUGUCGAUUAGGUAAUGAUAUUAUUAUUCCUAAGAAUACAUAUGUUGGAUAUCAUAAUUAUAAUGCAAGUCACGAUAAAACUCAUUGGGGAAAUACGGCUGAUGAUUUUGAACCUAGACGUUGGGGUGAUGAUAUUGAAUCUAUCAUGAAGAAUUGGAGACACCAUAAAAAUAAUAGUAGCUUAAGUUCCUUCCAUGGUGGUAAACGAGCUUGCCUAGGGGAGAAGUUGGCGCUUUCUGAAAUGAGGAUAACUAUAUGUGAAUUACUGAAACAAUUUGAAAUAACUGUGGCACCUGGAUGGGAAGAUAGAGUCACACCUGCUGGUCCAUUAUGUCCUGCUGGUCUUCAUUUGAACUUUACUGAAAGAGAGGUCAAAAUUUAG